UUUAAUAGACCAGAAGUUAGCUGGUUGGCUAGCAUUAGCUGUUUAUAAGCUGAAACUUUUAAAUACAAACGUCAACCCAAAUAAGGUGUUUAUCUUCUAUCCAGCUACCGAAAAUGAAUGUAGUGGAUCAUGUACGGGACAUGGCCGCGGCUGGUCUCCACUCUAACGUCCGGAUAUUGAGCAGCUUGUUGCUGACGAUGAGUAAUAAUAACCCAGAACUGUUCUCCCCUGCCCAGAAGUACCAGCUGUUGGUUUACCAUGCUGAUGCUAUCUUCCAUGAUAAAGAGUACCGCAAUGCUGCCUGUAAAUACAAUAUGGCACUUCAACAGAAGAAGGUGCUCAGCAAAACAUCCAAAGUUCGUACCUCUGCAGGUGGAGCUGCAGCUAACCUUCAGGCACAGAGUCUUCCUUCAGAGAUUGAAGUAAAGUACAAGAUAGCUGAAUGUUAUACGAUCUUAAAACUGGAUAAAGAUGCCAUCGCAGUGCUGGAUGGGAUCCCAUCCCGACAGAGGACUCCCAAGAUCAGUAUGAUGCUAGCAAACCUGUACAGGAAAGCUGGACAGGAACGCUCAGCAGUGACAAGCUACAAAGAAGUCCUCCGACAGUGCCCCCUGGCCAUGGAUGCAAUUAUUGGCCUUUUGUCUUUAUCAGUCAAAGGAGCUGAAGUGGCCUCCAUGACCAUGGACGUCAUCCAGAGUGUCCCCAACCUGGACUGGCUGUCUGUGUGGAUUAAGGCUUAUGCCUUCAUACAUGCAGGUGAUAAUCAAAGGGCCAUCAAUACCAUUUGUUCUCUGGAGAAGAAGUCAUUGUUGCGGGACAACGUGGACCUCCUGGUAAGCCUGGCAGAUGUCUACUUCAGGGCAGGUGACACGAAGAACGCCAUCCUGAAAUUUGAACAAGCCCAGAUGCUGGACCCGUAUCUCAUCAAAGGAAUGGAUGUCUAUGGCUACCUGCUGGCCCGAGAAGGACACCUUGAAGAUGUCGAGGUCCUGGGAGGACGAUUGUUCAAUAUCUCAGACCAGCACGCAGAACCUUGGGUGAUUUCAGGUUGUCACAGCUUUUACAGCAAGCGCUACUCCAGAGCGCUGUAUCUCGGCGCAAAGGCCAUCCAGUUGAACAGCAACAGCGUGCAGGCUCUCCUCCUGAAGGGGGCGGCAUUGAGAAACAUGGGCCGUGUCCAGGAAGCCAUCAUUCAUUUUCGGGAGGCCAUGCGCUUGGCGCCGUGCAGACUUGACUGCUACGAAGGUCUGAUUGACUGUUACCUGGCGUCCAAUGGCAUCAGAGAGGCAAUGGGGAUGGCCAAUAACAUCUAUAAGACCUUAGGGGCCAACGCACAGACUCUGACCAUCCUCGCCACUGUGUGCCUGGAAGACCCUGUAACCCAGGAGAAAGCCAAAACUUUACUGGACAAAGCACUGGCUCAGAGGCCUGACUACACCAAGGCUGUGGUGAAAAAAGCAGAACUACUAAGUCGAGAACAGAAGCACGAAGAAGGGAUCGCUCUGCUUCGCAAGGCCCUGGCCAAUCAGAGUGACUGUGUGCUGCACAGGAUGCUCGGAGACUUCCUGGUGGCUGUUAAUGAUUACCAGGAGGCCAUGGAUCAGUAUAGCAUUGCACUAAGUCUGGACCCCAAUGAUCAGAAGUCCCUAGAAGGCAUGCAGAAGAUGGAGAAGGAAGAGAGUCCCACGGAUGCCACAGUGGAGCUGGAUGGCGAUGACAUGGAGGGCAGCGGUGAAGACGGCGACCUGGAGGGCAGCGACAGCGAGGCGGCACAGUGGGCCGACCAGGAACAGUGGUUUGGGAUGCAGUGACACAGGCCCCCACGAGGGGACAGACUGCACUGCUUGGGAGUCCAAGACACCGGAAUCACACCUCAGUAGUUGUCAUUUCAUUUUUAAACACAUCAGUAUAAGUCCACUCAUUUGUUACUGAUUUUGGAACAUUGAUGCUAACUAUGCCUUGUUCUCAAAUGCAACCUGGUAUUAAAUGGAGCAUCAUUGUGUCUAAAAAUGCCUCUACUAUUGCACUGGUUAGGGAGGAAAGAUGUUAAAAGUACCUGUAGUUGAACACACACAAAACAUUAACAUUCAGUCAGUGGUGUCUGGCGAUAUUUGAUACAUUUUGGUAUACUGUCUGGUAUGUUGUCAUGUUGGAAUGCAUAAAUGUAAAUAUUUUUUAAACUGUACAAUUAAACUCGAAGUGUGUUGAUGUGCACUACACAGACCACUUAAUGCAAGGUUCCCACACAGACAAAAGAAUGACAACAUUCAUGAAACUUAAUUUUAUUUACCUGAAUCCAAAGUUCAUGUGACAAACAAUCAGAGCAGUGGUAACCACUGCAUCUGCUCCAUGUCUUGGUUUUUAAAAUAGCCCAUAAAAGCAUUUCCUUAGGAAAGAUCGACUGUUUUUACGCAUAUCUAAACACUCGUAGCCAUGAAUCUUGACAUUCUCUAUUACACAAGGCAGCAGAUUGAGCAGACAUGCACCAAAACAGUACUAAGAUGUUCAGGUCAAAUGAGGCAUGAAAGCUGUUAGCGUUCUUGGUUGGCUCUUCAUGCACAAGGACGGAAGGACCGAUGAGGACAUUUAUUCCAAAUCAACCAGCUCUGUCUUCACUUUUCUGACAUGCAGCUCAUGUACUGUAAGUGUGCUGCCCCAAAACACACAUGCACAACACAAAACCAAGCCAACGGAUUUUUGGGACUUGGGCCUACAUGGCCUUCGCUGGAAAGAGAAAAGAGAGCGGGGAUUAAACCAUUGCACGUGUCAUACCAAGUAUAUAUAUUUGAGUCUGCAAACAUAAAUAGCAGAAAUGCUGUGUCGGUUUGAAAUGUGCAAGGCUUACUCAGCACUUUGUGACACUGAAGGCGUUUUAAACAAACCCAAAAAAUUAAAAGUAUUAAAAAUGAAACUGCAAUGACACAAAGAUCGACAACUAGUAGUUGGCAUGCAGGGUCACGCUAGUGUACUCACACUGCAGCACACAUGGAAGGCCUUGCAGGAAAUAACCUAGAAAAUAAAAGGUCAAAGCACUCGCAGGUACAGGCACACCGAAAGCCUAAAGACCACGCUUCUAGCGACUAAAAUGACGUAAGGAUAAUACAACCUAUACAUCCUACUGCUGUGCUUAUUAUGUACAGAUAUACACACUUCCAUGUGAAGUAUCAUACACAGUAUAUUCAAGUACAGUAUGUGCACAUUUAUAUAUUACACUCCAAAGAUUGAUCAAAUUAAAGACAAGUGUGUAUGGAAUUGAAUAAGAUGCCAGAAUGUGGAUGAAGGCUUUGCAUGGGAUGCAGGGAUGUCCAAAGUCUGGGCCAGGGGCCAUUUGCAGCCUGCAGUUCUUUUUUUGUUAAAAAAAUACCAAUAAAAAGAGCCUGCAAUACAACAUUAUGAAGGCUUAUUUUAACCACACUGGAAAGAAAACAAAAAAUGUUAUGAUUGCCUCGACUAUAAAUUACACUAACAACGAUUUAUUCGCUUUUUAAAUUGUACAAAACUUAUAAUAUGUACAGUAAUCCCACAUUAAUUGAGGUUCAUUUUUCCAGACCCGAAGUUAAUUUCCACAAAGCAGGAUUCCUUUUUUGUAAAUAUUUUAUAAUAUUAUAAAAUAAUUAUGAUAUAAGCUUUUAUUUUCAUAGGUAGAGCCUAAACAACUGGUUAACGAUCUUCUAAAUACGAUUUUUAACAUUAAAGCACUCUAGACAUGAAAUAACACCCCCAUUGGCGUUACACUCGUACCCAAUAUACUAGACUUAGUAAGAGAAAAUAAGCCAUUUAGGACAUAAAUAAGACUCAUGCUUGCGUGUGUUGCUGGAAAAGUGUUUCAGUGCUAGGGGAGCUGAGUGGGGGUUCGGGCAGGAAGUGACAUCAGCGAUUCAGAGUUGUUGAAGUUUAGCGUGGUGUGGGUUACGGCCACAACGGUAGCCCUUGUUAGGGAUUAUUGUGCCUGUCGUGACAGCAUUCAAACCUGCAAUAAAAGCCUGUGGUUGUGGCUAUCAAGUCUGGUGCUUGCGUGUAUGCAUAAAGCAAACAAACUGUUACCCAAAAAAGUCAUACAAUACUUUUCACAAGAGAGUAGAAAUAUGAUCUCAGGGGAAAACUACACUUAAAACACGUACGUAUAUGCGAGAACAACGCUAAAAGCCACAGCAUUUCAGUACGUGGAAUCAAAUUAUGGAACGGAUUAAGUAAGGAACUCAAACAAAGCACCAAGAUGAACGAAUUCAAGAAACAAUACAAACAGUUGAUGUUUGCAAAAUACAAGGAAGAAGAGUUUUGAACCACUACAACACUCAUUACUCUUCAUUCUUGUGAGUUCAUUGUCAGUACUCACCUAUUAUUACAACUAAGUACAGCUAUCUCUAUUUCAACUGAGUUAUUUACUAUUAUACUAAAUUGUGUGAUUAUUAUUUAUUAUGAUUGAAGAAAAACCCUGACAAUCAUAUCACUACAUUGCUACAUUACAUUAGCAUUUUCCAUUGUAUCAUUUUCCCAUGUACUGUAUCAACUGGUAAAGACUACAUGGGAAUACAGGAAGUGAAUAGAUGUAUUGCAAUUGAUGUGAAAUGGACGAGGGGUAGGAUUAAAUACUGUAAGCUUUGCUUCUUCCUACUCCUUUUGGACAUGUGGAACUGCCAACUGAACUAUGUGAUGUAUUCCAUUGUGACUUAUAAUAAAAUGAAAGCAUUGCCAUUACCGUAGACAUGUACCGCUAUUAGAAAGCCCACGUUUCUCAUGUUUAGUCUUUCGUUGGCGUGAGACACAAAAGUGAAACAUAUAAACUUCUAUACCAUGAGUCCGAUUCUGCGAGUUCAUGGAUCAUCUUCCGAUAUUAUCAUUCAUUAGUGGUGAGUGCCGAUGCAUUUUCUAUUUUCCAUGUGUUUAGUAAGUGUACAAGUCAUAUU